AUGUCUGGACACAAGCGAAAGACUCCAUCUGACCUGUCAUCCGGUUCACAACCUGGAAAAGUCACAGGCGUGCAUGCGAAACGACGCGCGAGCAAUGCGAAGAUGCCUUUUGAGGCUCAGCAACCAGCCAAGGCUGCCGCAGGGCCAAAUCCAAUACGAUCAGGGCCCGGUUCGCCUAUUGCGCCUAUGACCAGCGCCAACGACGCCCAAAUUCGUUCAAACGGCGCCCGGCUAGACGAGCUCGGCGGUAAUCAGAGUCCCGCUCAAUUUUCCAAGAACCAGAACCAGUCUAGAAAAUUCGACAAGGACGAUAAGAAGCAUGACAACGAAGCCGUGCAGUCAAAUUCCCACAAUCUUCUGUCAAGAACAAUAAGUGGCAGACUGAAUCAUUCCGUUACUCGUUCGACGUCUUACAAAGAUCCUCUCCCGCAUCUCGCCGAAGCGUCAAAAGUUGACGUUGACAGCAGCCACUCUGGGCACCCUAGGCAGUCUGGGCCUGCUCCUCUCACUGAGGCAAACCUUCGGCAUCUCUUACGCUCAAUCGACAAGGAGAAGGAGGGUAGCGGCAGCGGCAGGAGAUCUGAGCCGCAGCUACUCGUACAGCCCGUGUCAAUACCCGUCCCAGUGUCAGAGCCUCUGUCCCGUCUGUCUCUGCCUCCGCUGGGUGCGCCCCACUCCAAGUCGACAGCCGCAGCCGACUUGAAUUCGACUGGUGCAAAAUUCAAUUCAUCUUCGCCCAUGCGGAAGUCAAAAUCUCCCAAAAAGCAGGACAAAGACAGAGACAAGAAGAAGUCGGCAAAACACGACACUGACACCCAUCCAUUAAAUCUACCUCCCGAUCAAUUGCGCAAACUCACAGCCAGAAUGGCAAGAGAAGAGGCUGAGAGACAAUCUAUGUCUAUGGACCGAGAAAUCCCAGGAACAACUGAUAAAGACUCAAUACCGAACGAUUCCUCGCAGCCUGCGACCCCUUCACAAGAUGCACCCGGUGCUUUUCCAGACGAGCCUGCUACAAACGGCGUCAAUGGCCACAACGAGAGAAGUCCUACACCCCCACCACACAAAGUCACUCCUGCGCCGAAAGUAGACCCAGAAGCCUGCAAGGCCGCAGGUAAUAAAUUCUUCAAAGCGAAGGAUUAUGAUAAAGCAAUCGUGGAAUACUCAAAAGCUGUUGAAGCAGAUCCUACAAAUCCCACCUACCUGUCCAACCGAGCCGCAGCCUACAUUUCUGCGAAUAACUAUAGCCAGGCACUCGGUGACUCAUUACAGGCCAGCAGAUUAGACCCGAACAACGACAAAAUCCUGCACCGUCUCGCUCGAAUUUACACAUCAUUAGGCCGACCACAGGAUGCCUUGGACACAUAUGCAAAAAUACCGAAUGCCUCGGCGACAGAUACCGCAGCCGCUCGGAAAGCAUUGCAAUCAAUAGAAUUGGCAGAGAAGCAGAUCAAUUCCGAAGAUGGCAACGGGAAUAUGGCGCUAUGGAGCAUCGAGCAGGCGAAGCAGACCCUCGGACGGGACACACCCACGCCACGAAGCUGGCAGAUACUGAAAGCCAAGGCAAACCUCAAAGUAGGCACUGCUAAUGCGCUAGGCGAAGUCCAAGCCAUCUCUCAGUCCCUCAUGCGCGAGAACGGAAUGGAUGCCGAGGCAAUCGUCCUUGCCGCACGGGCGAUGUACCUGAGAGACGAGAAAACUGGGGGCGGCAAGAGCGACUACGAGCGUGCAGAGGAUUACUUUCGACAAGCACUCUCAUUAGAUCCCGACAAUACCGACGCCCGAAACAACUUGCGGACGAUGAAGAAACUAGACCGGGCCCGGACAUCGGCGAACGAUAUGUUUAAGCGUGGGAAGUACCAUGACGCUGUGGAAGCGUACUCCGAAGCUCUCACGAUCGACCCAAGCAAUAAAGUUACCAACGCGAAAUUAUUGGGCAACCGCGCCACGGCCCGCAUUAAGAUCAAAGAAUUCGAUGAGGCGAAAGCAGACUGUGACCAGGCACUCAAGCUCGAUCCGACGUACACCAAGGCACGACGCUUGCGGGCCAAAGCAACAGGGGAAUCGGGCGACUGGGAGCAAGCGGUCAAAGACUACAAGGCACUGCUCGAGGACAACCCCCAGGAUCAGGAACUAAACAAGGAACUGCGGAAUGCUGAGCUUGAGCUCAAGAAGUCCAAGCGCAAGGACUACUACAAGAUCUUGGGCGUGGAGAAGGAUGCCGGUGAUAAAGACAUUGAGCGCGCAUACAAACGUAAGGCGGCGGUACUGCAUCCAGACAAGACGCAGGGUGAUAAGAAGAAGGAAGAGGAGUUCAAAGACUGCUUGGAGGCGAAGGAGACGCUGCUGGAUCCGCAAAAGCGGCAAAUGUAUGAUUCUGGCGCCGAUCUAAUGGAGCCCGGCAUGGGCAUGGGCGGUGGUUUCCCUGGAGGCAUGGGCGGCUUUGGUGGGAUGGGUGGGAUGGGUGGUGGUGGUGUCCAGAUCGAUCCGGAGAUGCUGUUCAAUAUGAUGAACGGCGGUGGCGGCGGUGGGUUCAGAUUCAGUACGGGUGGUGGUGGACCAGGAGGCUUCUCAGCAUUCGGUUGAGAUGAAUAUUACACGUGGACUGGAAGGAACGCGACGACUCAAGCUCGCGUUGAGCGAGAGGUGCGCAAUGCAGGCGAGUCCCUCUCGAUUAGGGGCUGUAUGUGGCAAAGCCGCUGAGACCAGAUCGAAACUCUGCCAUUGCCUGGAUUGUGUAAGACUAUCACACUGCAACGGGCAGUCAGACAGCAGACGGCGGCAGGCCGAGUAAAGUCGAGAGCAGGUCGACUUUGCAUUGCAGACACGAACAGCCUGCCUCCUUGUGCACCAAAUCUUGGAUACUCUUCAGCUUCACGAACCGAACAUCUGCAUCUACACCCACGUUACCUUCGUCCCUUCAAAUCAAACGAUGAAUUGGGACACACAAGCUCCAGAUCUGUGAGAAAAAAGUAGAAAGCACAUAGCGUGGUUGGCAAGCAUUGCAUUGCGAGGAGUUUCUUUCCCUUCAGAGGUCGAAAGUACAAUCUUCGAACCGAUCUAUCUGCAUGGCGUGCCACGGCAUUGGGUGUUGGCGUUCUGGUAUCUUUGUCAUAUUCCGGGCCGAUAUUCGAUCAUUGCAUAUAUCAUGAACUGGAUUGAAUGGGCCAAAGACUUGUAGAAGGGCAAUGGGACAUGGCCAAGAUGAUCACACUGUGUCACAGGAAAGAGAAGCUUCGUGCUGCAGUACGGACAGUAAGCCAUCGGGACUCG